GCCAAAUAGACCACAACAUAACCAUAUAAAUACACUCCAAUUUGCUCUAUCUUACUUGCAAUACUAUCUCCACUAGUGUGGUUCUUUUUCUCAUUCUCAACACAACAUGGCCUUGGCCUCUCUGGCUGCUAGAUCGUGUGUUCUUGUCAUUGUUUUCGGUUUGUGUUUUUUGUCGAUAUCGAUCGAGGCUAAGAGGUCUAGUACCAAAGUUGUUAAUUUCAAAUGGGAAGUGGAGUACAUGCAUUGGUCACCGGAUUGUAAUGAAGGCGUUGUGAUGGGGAUCAAUGGCCAGUUUCCGGGCCCGACGAUCCGUGCUCGUGCCGGGGACACUGUCGUCGUCGAAUUGACGAACAAGCUUCCCACGGAAGGAGUCGUGAUCCAUUGGCAUGGAAUCAGACAGAUGGGAACACCGUGGGCAGACGGAACUGCAGCCAUUUCACAGUGUGCUAUAAACCCUGGAGAGACCUUCAUUUAUAAGUUCAUAGUUGACAAGGCUGGUACGUAUUUCUAUCAUGGACACUACGGGAUGCAGAGAUCUGCAGGUUUGUACGGAUCACUCAUAGUGGAUGUAGCAGAAUACAAGAAGGAGCCUUUCCAUUAUGAUGGAGAAUUCAAUUUACUGCUCAGCGAUUGGUGGCACAAAAAUGCACAUGAACAAGAGCUUGAUCUCUCAUCCAAACCGUUUCGUUGGAUAGGCGAACCCCAGAGCUUGCUGUUGAACGGGAGGGGACAAUACAAUUGUUCUUUAGCUGCGCAAUUUAGCAAUCCUCCGUUAAGUCAGUGCAAGUUUACGGGGACGGAACAAUGUGCACCUCAGACCAUGACUGUGCAGCCAAACAAAAUUUACAGGCUCCGCAUUGCAAGCACCACUGCCUUGGCUUCCCUCAACUUAGCCAUUGGGGGUCACAAAAUGGUGGUAGUAGAGGCUGAUGGAAACUACGUUGAGCCAUUUUCAGUAUACGACAUGGACAUAUAUUCAGGAGAAAGUUACUCAAUCUUGUUCAAAGCAGAUCAAAACCCAUCACAGAACUACUGGAUUUCAGUUGGAGUAAGAGGCCGAAAGCCCAACACACCACAAGCCCUAACCAUUCUAAACUAUAGCCCAACAUUGUCCACCAAGCUUCCCACUUCUAGGCCUCCAACGACGCCGCUUUGGAAUGAUUAUUACCAUAGCAAGUCAUUCACUAACCGAAUCAAAGCCUUACGUGGAUCACCAAAGCCACCCACAACUUACAAUCGUCGCAUCAUGCUACUCAAUACUCAAAACAGAAUCGAUGGCUUUACAAAAUGGGCGAUCAAUAAUAUUUCAUUAAGUCUACCGGUAACACCUUAUUUAGGUUCUAUCAAGUACAAUCUCAAAAAUGCAUUCGCGAACUCUCAGCCUCCUGACUCUUUCUCGCCAUCUUACGAUGUUAUGAGACCGCCGGUUAAUCCAAACACAACACAUGGAGACGGGAUCUACAUGCUCAAAUUUAACUCAACUAUCGACGUGAUACUACAAAAUGCAAACGCGUUAGCUGAUAAUGUGAGCGAAAUCCAUCCUUGGCACUUGCACGGACACGAUUUUUGGGUGUUGGGAUACGGAGAGGAAAAGUUUACGGACAAAGACGUGGUGAAAUUUAAUUUGAAGAAUCCGCCUUUGAGGAACUCGGUGGUUAUAUUUCCGUAUGGAUGGACUGCAUUGAGAUUUGUGGCUGAUAAUCCAGGUGCAUGGGCGUUUCAUUGUCACAUAGAACCACAUUUGCAUAUGGGAAUGGGAGUAGUGUUUGCAGAAGGCAUCUAUCGACUUAAGAACAUACCAAAGGAAGCACUGACUUGCGGCUUAACAGGAAAAAUGUUCAUGGACAGGAAACACUAGUUCGGAGAUUUCACCUCGUAAAUUAAUUUUCGUUGUGCUUCUUUACGAGUGAAGAAUCCGGAUUGUUGUCCUCCAAAGAUCCAUCGUAUCAUUUUGUAUCUCCCGCAUUUUAGUUCAGUGCGGAAUAGUUUGUUCUGGCGUUGUUUAUCAGUUACGGAUACAAAUUACAAAUUACUAUUCCAACUAUGAAGAA